AUGACUGCCGAAAGCCUGCACCAAGUCGGCUGCAUGCUCCUUGACAUUGAGGGCACCGUCUGCUCCAUCUCAUUUGUCAGAGAGCGUUUGUUCCCUUACGCCAUAGACGUCCUUCCUGAAACGGCCAAGGCCAAAUGGGAUGAUCCUGAGUUUAAGAGCUAUGUCUCCGCAUUCCCUGAGCUGGCCCAGAAGUCGGCCAAGGCUUUCUCCGACUAUGCGAUCGACCUGAUGAAACAGGACUCGAAGGUCCCAUAUCUCAAGAAAUUACAAGGUUAUCUGUGGAAGAACGGAUGGAACACCGGGGCCUUUGUGGCGCCGCUCUACCCUGAUGUCGUACCGGCGCUGCGCGCCUGGCACGCCGCGGACAAACAGAUCGUCAUCUUCUCUUCCGGAAGCGUCCCAGCCCAGAAGCUGUUGUUCGGCCACGUCGGAGCCGAGGGCGACAACUCUGAGCCAACGAGCAGCUCCGAGGCGGCGUCGGGGGCGACCGACAAGAAGCGGACGUCAAGCGAGGCUCAGAAAGACGUCAAGGACGCGGAGAAGGCGGCUGAUGAGACAACGGACCCUGCGGCGCCUCAUGCUAAGAAGCCAAAGACGGCUGACCCCAUAGUCAAUCCGCCAGCGAAGCUACCUGAGGUGCAGACCAAGACGGAGGAGGUGCAAGUCACGGGCCAGCCGUCCGAGGACAUCAACCCGCUGCUUGCGGAUUACUUUGAUACGCAGAACGCUGGGCCCAAGCAGGAGAAAGAGAGCUAUGAGAAGAUCGCCAAAGCGCUGGGCAAGGAAUGCGGCACGAUCCUCUUCCUGAGCGACAACGUCAAAGAAGUCAAGGCCGCCCUCGAGGCGGGUAUGAAGUCUUUGGUCAUUGAUCGCCCCGGGAACGAGCCUCUGAGCGAGGAGGACCGCGCAAUCCUCCCGGUUUACACCAGCUUCGCAGAUAUUGCGCUCCUGCAAGAGGCUUAA